AUGUUUGACAGACUUAUCUAUAAGGAUGAAGACUUGAACAAGGCAGAGAGCCUUACUAUUUAUUUGAUAAAUAUUGAUGAACUCUCUACUGAGGUACAAGAUGAAUCAACUGUGAUUAAACAAUUAGAGAAAUUUAUACAGACUAACUUUCUAGAUAAAGAAGAAAGAAAAAAGAAAUUAGAAUUUUUUAGAAAAAAGGAAUUACUCUUUAUAAAUAAUAUACAAAAACUAGAAAAAACAAAUGUAAUUAUUUACUAA